AUGGCCGAGAUUUACGAAGUCUCUUUCUAUGGUGAUGAAAUUGAAGUUACCGUCACCAAAGAAUCCACAGUCGUUAACGAUUGGAUUUUGCAAACUGUGCAGACUCAUUGUCGUAGACUCCACAAGCUACUCAUCGGUCUCGAUAUCGAGUGGCUACCGUGUUUCAAACCAGAGGAAAACCACCCGGUCGCUCUCCUCCAGCUCUGUGUAGGUCGUCGUUGCCUCUUGUUCCAACUCCUCCACAAAGACGCUGUUCCUGGAUUCCUCGUAGACUUUCUCGGGGACCCUAGUUUCAAGUUCGCCGGGGUUGGGGUUACGGAGGACGCUAAGAAACUGCUCCGCGAUCACAGGCUGUUCGUGGCGAAUACUGUGGAUUUGAACCGAUUGGCGUAUUCGGUUUACGGGGAAGAAGUGUAUGGGAAGAUGCGAUUGAAGAGAAUGGCGAAAGAGGCACUUGGGAAAGUAAUGGAAAAGCCAUUGAAUGUAACACUGAGUAAAUGGGAUGCUGAGGAACUGUGUUAUGAACAAGUUGAAUAUGGUGCUAUUGAUGCUUUUGUUUCGUUUGAGAUUGCCAAGAAUUUGUUUAAUUUAGUGUGGGAAAGAGAGAAAGAGAGUCGUCGUGUUAUUAAGAGGGAAUAUUUGAAUUGCCAUUAUCAACCAAUGUUGAUGGUACAAGAUACACAAGGGAUGUUUCGAAGACUUGCUUUGUUUUGA